AUGGAUAUUGAAGAUUCCGGUACUACAUUAAUUGCAAGCCCAGGUCCUGACGCUACUUCCUCAAGGAUUAGGAAUAAGGAUCUUUCUGAUGAGUCUUGGAAAGAGAAACUUUUGGAUGUGAAUUAUCUGGCAUUUUUCCUUAUUGGUAUAGCUUUAUUAUGGCCUUGGAAUUCGUUUCUUAGCGCGUCUCUUUAUUUCCAGCAUGACGUGUUUGAAGAUACAACUAUCUACGCAAAAAUAUACACCAGUACGAUGAUGACCGUCAGCACCAUAUCCUCCGUACUGUCUAACAUAAUUUUAUCGGAGAUUCAGCAUCAUUACACUGACCGGAUAGUCAGCGGUUUAGUGCUGGAAAUUAUUGUGUUUACUUCACUAUGUGGAAUAGUAUUAUUCCAUACAUGGAUUUCUCAUUUCCUAUCCUUUGUAUUUAUUAUGAUCCUUGUCCUGAUCAGUUCAGUGGCAACUGCAUGCUCUCAAACUGGUGUGAUGGCCAUGGCUAAUGUUUUCGGUGCAGAAUAUAACCAUGCUGUCAUGGUUGGCCAAGCUGUCGCUGGUGUUUUACCAUCGUUGGUUCUAUUUAUCGUGUCAUUAUUCAAUCAGCAACAAGAACAAACAGCAACAGGGAUCAACACCUAUUUCCUCACGACAAGUGUUAUGUCACUCAUUUCUAUCAUUGUGUAUAGGAGAAGUGACAUCCCACUUGCUGGCGACGAAAUGGUACAAGUGAAUGAAUUAGACGAGAAGGUCUACAUUCCGUUCCACGUUCUUUUCUACAAGCUCAAAUUCCUAGUCAUAUCGAUUUUCGUUAUAUUCUGCGUCACUUUAAUCUUCCCAGUGUUUGCUUCUAAUACAUAUGUGGUUUCAUUGCCGCUCAAAAACUCCCAAUUCAUUCCGUUAAUCUUUCUAUUAUGGAAUCUGGGCGACUUGGUCGGCAGGCUUGUUGCAGAACGCACUUUCAACUCAGCAUGGUUCACCCCACGCAGGAUAUUCGCCCUAUCCCAACUGCGUAUCGCCAUGGUAGUCGUCUUUUUCUUCUUCAACAUUAAUGACACACAUAAACACUCGCAUCUAAAAGCAUUACUAGAUCUUUCCUACGGCGCCUGGCAAUUCCUCUUCGGACUCACAAACGGUUUACUAGGAAGCUUGUGCUUCAUGAACGUAGGCAGAAGCUUGGACACGGAAGACGAACGCAAAGCUGCAGGUGGCAUCACUAAUGUGUUUUUGUCUUUUGGACUUGCAUCGGGCAGCAUCAUAAGCUACCUAUUCGCAUAUAUAAUUUCAAAUAUUUAA